UCAAUCUUUACUAAUUAUUAUGAUGAGCAAUAAUUUUGUUGAAUUAAAAGGAUCUGUUUUUAAAAAGUUUGGGAAGCCAAAUCUUUUUCAAAUGUCAUGUAGCGAUGUUAGAGAGCGUUUUCAUACAGUUGUUUUAUUGUUAGUUGUUGUGCUCAGAAAUAUGACUGCUGUAAACUGGAAAUUAGAACAUCUCUAUGAAAUGACACCAGAUUUGAUUAUGAUUAUUGCUGCUGAAUUAAUGGUUGAUUGGUUGAAACAUGCUUUUAUAACAAAAUUUAAUGAAAUAAGUUCUCAAGUUUAUAGAGAUUUUACAAUUACACUUGCUUUUGAUGUUUUAAGAAGUCACCAGCACGAAUCUUUUUCAGAUUUUUCAGAUCAGCAGGCGAAUGGGCUUUGUACCAAUUCCAAUUGCAAUUAUGCUGAUACGAGUUGUAAGCCAAUCAGUUAAUUUGUAUGACAGAACA